AUGGUUUCAACCUCCAGCCUACUCCAAGAUGUCCUCUCGGACCCCAGGCUAUUACGCUCCUUUGAAUCAUACUUGCGCCGCUGCGGCGCCCACGAAAACCUACUCUUCAUUGAAGCAAUGUCCCAGCUUCGAUACGAAAGCGACUCCUCCAACCGCGAAAUCGCGCUCAACAGAAUAUACAAGUCCUUCUUAACCGAGGGCGCUGGCCUUGAAUUAAAAAAUGUUACAACCAAAGAACAAGUUCGACGAGACAUGGAAGCCUUACAAUGGGCUAUCCUUCGACGCGAAGAUGUCAUAGAAGUUCUUCAAGAUACUGAAAGUCAGAUUCUUGCUGUCUUGACGACAAAACUGGAAGAUUUUAUCCGUGCAAAAAACAUCCACAUCGACGCAUUCGACCAUCGUCCAGUGAAAAAUCAAAUACGGGUUGUCAUCAUCGGAGGUGGAUUUGCCGUACUUCGACUUAUUAGCACCGUCUAUAAUGCUGCUGGUUGCUUACUGAUUUGCUUGGCAACCCCAGAUUCCUUCGAAUAUACCCCUGGCAUUGUUAGGCGCAUUGUAAAUCCCGAAGCGACAAGCUCAAUGCGUGUACGACACGACGCCUAUGUUCGGAAUGGCAAAGUAAUAAUUGGUUACGCCAGAGACAUUGGCCACGAUGCAACCUCGAUCCAAGUCAACGGUGAAACGAUUAACUUUGAUUACCUGGUGAUUGCAACCGGAAGUUCCUAUGCUUCGCAGCUCAAAUCCUAUGACGUUUCGGUUCUUUACCGUCUCACCGGUUUGGAAGAAAGCAACGCAGAAUUAUUAAACGCAAAGCGCGUGCUUAUUGUCGGCGGAGGCCUUGUAGGAUGUGAACUAGCAUCCGAAAUUGCUUUGCGUACCUUCCCUGGACCUUACCCUCAUAAACAUGUGACGCUAGUCGAGUCUCAUUCCAUGGUCAUUAGUCGGAGCGAAGCACAGCAGCGAGAAAAGGCCAUGGAAUACUUGCUCGAUCUAGGCAUCGAAGUUGUGUGUAACGAACGCAUUAUCGGUCUAGACGGCAGUGAAAGCGGUGGCAUUUACCUUGGCGCCAGUGGCCGCGUGUAUAGCGGCUAUGACAAGAUUUUUAUGGCUACCGGAACGCGUCCCAACAACUCGUUGCUUCUCAACAGCUCAGAUCUUGACGUUUGUCUCGACAGCUGGGGCAGAAUUCGGGUUAAGCCGACGCUUCAGCUCGACCACUGGAAAUACACCCACAUCUUUGCCGGCGGCGAUGUAACCAACGUUAUCGAGGAAAAGACCGGCUACGCUGCCACUUUGGCAGGCGUCUGCAUUGCACGCAACAUUUGUCGAUUGGUCAAGGGAAAAGAACCUCUACGCCAAGGCACAAAAGGUACUUUACCAGCCCCUGACAAACCGCUCCAUGGUAUCAGCGCUCAAGGCGGUAUCGGCAAACAGAAACUCGGUAUGCUGAAGAAACGGUUCGCAUUUCUGAAUCCUUCAUGGGCAGCUCUCAAAUAUUUUGAUGAACAACAGUUCCUCAAAAUGGUCCAAGGCGAAGCCGCAAGCUCUUCCCAAGCACUUGGACGUAUGCCUCGUCGACUCACACUUCCAUCCAACUAUGCCUCUUCUCUGAUUUCUCAGACGUCCUCACUCUCCUUAAACAGCCAACCUCCGGUCAGGCCCGAACGACGCCGUCUACCACCUACACCGAAACAAAGCCGCUCAUUUGCUACAUACCAUCCCCCGUCUAGAAGCAGUAAGACACAACGCGACUAUCACACCUGGGGAUCCUCUUCAGCAAGAGGCUCUUCCUCCGUUAUCAGCGCUGUCAGCGCUAGCAGUGGCAGCAGUAGCGAAUCAUCCACAUCAUCACUCAACGACUUUAUACACAACCAUUUUACUUAUGGCGCUCCUGAUCUGCCGUCACAUACAGAAGACGUCGAAACCAUCAGUACUAAAAGCGCACCUACUAGCACCAAAUACAAAUACCGUCGCUCCAGUUUACCAUCCGUCACAUCCUUGGCCUGGGAUCCUCCAGCUACCCCCACAUCCAAAAGCUCAGCAAGAACAUGAUGAUUUUAUGUAGAAUGAUGAGUUUUUCUGUACAUCUUUCUUAUUCCCUCAGCACUUGUUUCUAUUCUUUUUUUGCAUAUUUUUCUCGAU